AUGACUAUCAGAGCCGUGCGCGAGUACCUGAGCCAGCCCAACCCAGUCAUCGACAACCGAAUCGACAAGGCCUCCUCCGUCUCAAACGAAGAUAUGGAGGACUGGCCUGAAGUUCCCAAAGCCACAAAGCUGAGGAUCACGUCUGCCUACAUCGAGGAUUCCAUCGGUUGGCUCUUGGACGCAAAAUUGGAUCUCCCGGAUGACAAUGCCGAACUAGCCGACACGGCGAAGAUAGCUUUCGAUGAACGCAGCUUUGAGCAUACCUUCACCAGGGGCCCUGCAGCUCUCGUUGCUAACCUGCUCGUCAUCAUGGGAAAGGCCCUGGCGCAUGUCCCAGAGUAUCCCCAGCUGUGCCUUGUUUCGGGCUCUUCCGGAAAGAGUGACAAUAAAAUUGGCAAGCCCGAUUGGGCGGUGGUCCCAUCCACAACCCCCGCUCGCAAGAUCCACACCAACAAGGCUCCUGGCGAUACGAAGGGCACCAAGAAGGAGUACGAGCCCGACAAGCCACUCAGCCUGUGGGCCGAGAAAUACUUUCGACAGAUGUCUCAUUACAUGAAGGAACGGCGUACUAGGUAUUCCUGGAUUAUUACGCCGAAGGAGAUCAUGAUAAUUCGGCGUCGAACCUCGCAGAAAACCAAUGAGGUCAUCCCCCAGGUAGCAAAGUUCUCCUGGGUUCCAAAGCGGAACCAAAAGAUGCCAGUCGCCGUGGUGCUCUUCUUCAUUGUGUUCGCCUCCGGCCUGAACAACGGCGUGCAGGCUACCUAUGAAGACUUCGCGGUGGAGAACAUGGUGGUACUCGAGAAGAUCAAGGCUGCAGUGGAGCGCCUGUGA